CAGGCGCAAAUUCCUAUUGGGCCAAGCUCCAUUUGUUACUUGCUGCUGCUCUCAACUCCCUCUAGCAAAAUGCGCUCUGCUGGCACACUGCUGUUGCUCCUCGCCCUGGGUCUGGGGCUCUGCGCCCUCGUGCAUUCUUCAAGGACUGGGGGCGUCAGGAAAAGAGGACCGUCCGUGACCGCCAAGGUCUUCUUUGACAUAAGAAUUGGAGACAAAGACAUAGGCAGAAUUGUAAUUGGCUUGUUUGGCAAAGUUGUACCCAAGACUGUGGAGAACUUCAUUGCUCUGGCAACUGGAGAAAAAGGAUAUGGAUACAAAGGAAGCAAAUUUCAUCGUGUGAUCAAAGAUUUCAUGAUUCAAGGAGGAGACUUCACUGCUGGAGAUGGCACUGGAGGUACCAGUAUCUAUGGAGACAACUUUCCAGAUGAGAACUUUAAGCUCAAGCAUUAUGGCAUUGGAUGGGUCAGCAUGGCAAAUUCUGGGCCAGAUACCAAUGGUUCUCAGUUCUUCAUUACUGUGACCAAACCUACCUGGUUGGAUGGAAAACAUGUUGUAUUUGGGAAAGUCAUUGAUGGAAUGGCUGUGGUGCACUCCAUAGAACUCCAACAGACAGAUGAGCAUGACCGUCCACUUACAGACUGUGUAAUUACAAAUAGUGGCAAGAUAAAUGUAAAAGACCCUUUUGUGGUCGAAGUUAAUGACUGGUAACAACUUGAAGAAGAGAACAAAACUGGUAUUAACUCCCAGGGGAAACUUUGGGGUAUUUAGAAUAACUUUUUUUUUUGUUCCUUAUUUUUUCACAAAAUGCAUAGCAAAUUUGUUCAAGAACCAGGAAGCAGUAGCACAGAUCACACAGAAAAAACUUCUAAAAAAUUGUUCAUUUCAGCAACUUGGCACUUAGGAGAGUGCUGAGAAAGAAUAAUAGAAAUGUGGGCUUAUUGCUAGUGCUAUUUACUAAGAAAUUUUUGAUGCAGAGAACUUUGUAUGAUACUAAGGUGUGAGGAAAGCCUAUCAUAAUGUUAUGUUUCUUUUUAAGUCUAUGUAAAAAUAAGCCAAAAAGAUAGUAACCACCAUGCUGGCCUGCAGGGUUGUGUGCAAAAGGUUUCAACAUGAUAUUUAAAGCCCCAUUGUUGGUUUUGUAUUUAAGUACCAGUUCUUUUCAGCUGAAAAAUAAAAUCAAAUGUAUGUUA